CUGACCAAUGAGAGACAGUUUAGGUCCAAACACUUCCGGUUUGCUUUCCAACCUGCCUUUCCACCGGAGUGGCUGCUGAGAGCAGAGGCGCUGACACCACGUAGCCUGAAGAUAAGCCUUUCAAGAUGCCUCCAAAGAAGACAGACGCUCCGAAGCCUCCUGCUUUAAUAGGACGAUUCGGAACAGCUCUGAAAAUCGGCAUUGUGGGACUGCCUAACGUUGGGAAAUCCACCUUCUUCAACGUGCUGACCAAAAGCCAAGCUUCAGCUGAAAACUUCCCUUUCUGCACCAUCGAGCCAAACGAGAGCAGGGUGCCCGUGCCCGAUGAGCGCUUCGACUUCCUGUGCCAGUACCACAAGCCAGCCAGUAAGGUUCCUGCUUUCCUAAACGUUGUGGACAUUGCUGGUCUGGUGAAGGGAGCUCACUCAGGACAAGGACUGGGAAACGCCUUCCUCUCAAACAUCAAUGCCUGCGACGCCAUCUUCCACAUGACUCGUGCGUUUGAUGAUGAGGACAUCAUCCACGUGGAGGGCAAUGUUGACCCGGUGAGGGACAUCGAGAUCAUCCACGAGGAGCUGCGGCUAAAGGACGUGGAGAUGAUCGAUCCCAUCAUCGACAAACUGGAGAAAACUGCUGUCAGAGGAGGAGACAAAAAACUUAAGCCUGAAUAUGAUAUCAUGAUGAAGGUGAAAAACUGGGUGGUGGAGGAGAAGAAGCACGUCCGAUUUUACCACGACUGGAACGACAAAGAGAUCGAGGUGCUGAACAGACACCUGUUCCUGACGUCCAAGCCCAUGAUCUACCUGGUGAAUCUCUCAGAGAAGGAUUACAUCAGGAAAAAGAACAAAUGGUUGGCAAAAAUCAAAGAGUGGGUAGACGCUCACGAUCCCGGUGCUGUGGUCAUUCCGCUGAGCGGCGCUCUGGAGCUGAAGCUGGUGGACAUGGAGGAGGAGGAUCGAAAUAAAUACUGCGAGGAGCAGAAAACGCAGAGUGUUCUGACCAAAAUAAUAAAAACCGGCUACGCAGCCCUACAGCUGGAAUACUUCUUCACAGCUGGACCAGAUGAGGUGCGAGCGUGGACCAUCAGGAAAGGUUCCAAAGCUCCUCAGGCUGCAGGAAAGAUCCACACCGACUUCGAGAAAGGCUUCAUCAUGGCUGAGGUGAUGAAGUACAAUGACUUUAAGGAGGAGGGCAGUGAAAGUGCCGUCAAGGCAGCUGGAAAGUACAGGCAACAGGGCAGGAACUACAUCGUGGAGGAUGGUGACAUUAUCUUUUUCAAAUUCAACACGCCCAAUGCACCCAAAAAGAAAUAACGGGGCCAGGUGGUCGUCGCCAGGGAGGAUCGGAGUUUUACUGGGGCCCAAAAGAGCUGCACUGUCUGCUGGUUUUCAUGUUUUCUUUUGAACUUGGAGAAUAAACUCCACAGCUCUUCAGAUUUUAGUUGCAUCACUUUUAAUGAAAGGAUCACUGUGCUCAAUUAUUUGUUAAAGGGGACUAAAGGAUGCAGCUCAAGUGAAUAAUAUUGGAAAAACGCAACAAAAUGCAUUUUUAUUGGCAAUAAUGCUGCUGCUGUUUGUUUUAAAAUUGAAAAAAAAAAUCUAAGCUGUUUUCAUUGGUUUUGAGGACUAAAAGUGGUAAAAUGAAGGCGAGAAAGCGUUCUUUUGCUGGUUUUCUCCCCCUUUUCUCUGAUUGGAUUCCCGGCUUGGUUACAGAAACAAGACUGCUCUGAAUAAAAGGAUUCAUUGACUCGUUACAAAUCAAAGGAAUACGAAAGCCGUCACUCAGUGCAGGACCAGGCUGUGAGCUUGGACCACCCAGGCGGUGCUGACUGCCAUAUCAAACACCUGGACUGAAUUCAUAUUAGCUGCUUUUAUCCACUUCCUCUGGAAAGGUUAACAAAAAAGGAGCCCUCACAUGCGUAAUGAGGCAACGCUUUAUUGUGGAUCAUUUGGACUGUUGAGCAACAAGAAGAGCAGUAUCGGCUUGUCCCAGCAUCCACGAUGUAAACAUCUUUAUCCACUCAUCUCGGCAGACUUUUCGGCUCGGUGUGCACCAACAUCUAAAUGUUUUAAUGGAGGGAACAACAUUAGCAAGUGUUACCCUUAAAGAUGCACGUGUCAAUAAAAGGAGAACAGUU